AUGGGUCUCGGUGUCCUCGAAGACCACAACCUCCAGCACGUACCUGGCACGGCGCUGUUGGCAGACCUCGUGGGCGGUUUGCACGAGCACCAGUACCACGGCGCGUCCUCGCCUCAUCCCUUCUGGCCAGGCCGCGACACCUCCGCCCUCAAGCAUGCAAAGGGUCGCAACGCCGACAUCGUGCUCGUCCCGCAACCUUCAGAGUCGCCCCGAGAUCCGCUGAACUGGCCGCAAUGGAAGAAAGAACUCUUGCUUCUGAUCAUCUCCAUCGACACCGCGGUCGUCGGUGCCUGGGGCCCUAUGAUCUCGCCCGGGUUCGGCGUCAUGGCUAAGCAGUUCGACAUGUCGUACAACUCGCUCAACGGCGGUCUUGGCUGGGCCAUCUUCGCGAUUGGCAUCUCGUGCUUCGUGACCAAUGGGUUGGCUGUCAAGUACGGACGACGCCCGGUCAUUAUCUUGGGCAACUUGAUGCUGUUCAUUAGUAGCGUGUGGGCGUACCAUGCGCACAGCUACGAGAGCUUGCUUGCAAGUCGCAUUUUUGGUGCUAUUGGGAUGAGUCCAUUCGAGGUUUUGACAACAGCUAUCAUUGGCGAUAUCUACUACGUGCAUGAAAGGGGUCUGAGGCUGGCUUUCUGGGGACUGUGCUUGUCUGUCGGAGUAGGAGGUGGGUCCUGCAUCAGUGGGUAUAUCAUCGACAGCCUUGGCUGGAACUGGACGUACGGGAUCUGCGCGUGCUUCUACGGCGUGUUCAUCCUGCUCAUCUUCUUCUUCGUGCCGGAAACGGUGUACAAGCGCGACCCCGCGUACAACAUCGAUCUCGGGACGACAGACCACACCGAGGAGAUUCUCGAUUCGACUAAAGCUCGCGAGGCUAAAACCGACAUCGUGGGAGAGGAGCCGAAAGAUGUCGCGAUGCAGACGGAGCGCGCGGUCACCGCCGAGCCGAUCUACACGGGCGCAGACGAAAAGCCGUAUACGUUCUGGGAAGAGCUGCUUCCGGUUCGCGGCGUCGAAAGCGACGAAAAUCUGCUCGCUAUUAUUUUCCGUCCUUUUGGGAUGCUGUUGUUCCCGCAAGUCUUCUAUGGUUUCAUCACGUAUGGCCUGUCUACGUCCUGGCUGGUCGUCAUGGGCGGUGUCCUUGCGCAGAUCUUCACCGCGCCGCCAUACAACUUCAGUGUUACGGCUGUUGGCUUGGUCAGCAUAUCACCACUCGUGGCGUCUCUCCUUAGCUUUGUUGCCGGGCCUGCAAACGACUACACGGUGAAGCAGCUGGCGCGGUGGAACGGCGGCAUCUAUGAGCCGGAGUUCAGACUGGCGCUGAACGUGUUGACACUGGUGCUCGGGGUUGCGGGAUUCUUUGGCUUUGGAGCAACGCUUCAGCAUGGUUCCCCCUGGGGCGCGCCGGUCUUUUUGUAUGGCCUGAUCUACUUCUCCAUGGCUUUUCUCAACGUCGGGAUUUAUGGAUACAUCACCGAGUGCCACCGCUCAAAGGCUCCAGAGGCUUUCGCAGCGCUGAAUCUGAGGAACGUGUACUCGUUCGGGAUGAACUAUUUCAUCAGCUCGUGGAUCUCCAGCAUGGGUCCGUUGCAGGUGUUCUCGACGAUCGGGGGGCUGCACAUCUUUAUCAUGCUGUUGACCAUUCCUAUGUGGAUCUUCGGAAAGCGGUGCCGGUCGCUGACAGCACGGGUCCCGUUCUUCAAGGCGAUGCAGGGGCACUGAGUAUCGAUUGUGGAGUUAGUGAGGCUGCGCCUGUGCCUGAUUAGGCAAGAGGAUAGGGUGAUCGUAGGUAGAGCGCCGGCGGGGGCGCUAGUAAACGCUCUGAACGAGUACGGGAACGCGAGGCCCGCCAGACAAACGCGU